CCACCACCUCGGCAGAAAACUCUCCCCACUGCAAACGGCCCACCUUCCCAUAUAGCUCCCCCAGUCAAUAGGAGAUAACCUCUAACAAGCAAACUUCUGUCAACACCACUUCUACUUCGACACAACACAUAUACAUCCAGUAAAGCUUGCUACGCCGUCCCAAUCUCAGUAUGCUGCCUGGUACAGACCAUCAACUUCUCAGAACGCUGGAGGGCUUUGAAACUUCCAAGAUUACUAUUGUAGAAUGGGAAAAUCCUCUCCUUAGACGGUUGGGCUAUCCGCUCUCGUCCAAACCGGACUUGAUAUUCUUGGUCCCAGACGAUCAACUUGAAGAAGCCAACAAUAUUGCCACAGUUAGCGGCUUGAAGCUCGCUAAAAACGACGACCUUCCGUUAUCGUACCUCUCCGAGUUCGCGAAGCAAGGCUUUCGCUAUGUCUAUGGCAAGCCAAUGUCCAAAUUCAUUCUCGUGCCUCUUUCCUGGACGGGCAUUGAAAAAGACGAGCUAACCAUCAUCGCAACAUCCGAAAGGUUGCUUCCCUGCACUAUCUGGACAGUGCCUUUGCCUGCUCUUUGCGCCGCCUACCUGCGUAUCAUCGUUCGAGAGAGCAAAGGGAGCAGAGUUCGAGUCAUGGCAAUCGCAGAUCUUGCGGGCGUUAUUGCUUACAGCAUGUUUGACAUGAGCUACCCGGGGGACUACAUGGAAACUCCAGAAGAUCGUGUGAACGACGAGGCUGUUGGUUCCCGAGAGGACGAUGAGGAUGCUGCAGCAUUGGCGGAGAAGGAGGCUUUGGAGAUGAAGGAUGCUCUCAACAAUAUUAGAGGUUGGCAUUUUAGGAAGAACGAAGACUGGAAUAGAGAAACGUUGAUUCGGUUGGUUUCUGGCAAGCUACGAUAUGAAGAUUUACCCAGUAAUAAGACAUGAGGCAGCACAAUGGAAAUAACCAGUUGGCCACA